GCGAUUCGAACGCUUUGCCCAACUGGGAAUAUAGAUCUAAUCCAGAAAGUACCAUACUAAUGGUCUUAUUCUCUUUUUUAAUUGCUGUAUAUCUUAUGAAUUUGUUGAUUGGAUUACUCAGUAAUGCUAUUGAGGAAGAUAAUAAUAGAGUUUCGUAUUUGGUACAAAAAGCGAAGUUAUAUUUUAUUAUUUUAACUAGAUAUUAUCAUGCCAAUGUUGAAGAGACACGUAGAGAAAUUAAAAAUCUAAUUAAAGAAAAAGAAUUUAAAACUGAUAAAUUUUCAGAUUUGAAGAAAAAUUUAUUAAAGCAGAUCAAGAUUAGAUAUGUCAUGGAAAAGUUCAAAGAUGUUAUAAAAACUGAGAAAGAGCUUCAGAAAUAA